GCGCUGGGCCCAAGCCGCGGGCGCUCACCGAGGACGAGCAGCGCGUGUGGCUCGGGCUCAGUGAUGAGGAGUUCCGUUCCCUCAGUGGUGUGCUUUCCCAGUCACAGCGUGACAAGUUGCUGCGCCGCCGCGCCAUGGCGGAGUCUGGGCUGGCGCAGCCUGCCUGGGACGCCUGGCAAGCCUCGCAGGAUGUCAGCUCGCUCUCCAACCAGCUGCUGGGUGCCCGCGGUCGCCUCCAGAAGCUGGAGCAGUCGGCCACCGACAUCAUGGUGCAGGUCGCCGACCAGCGGGAGGCGGUGCGAGGCCUGGAGGAGGAGUACGCCGCCGCCAGGGCGCGUGCUUCCGUGGCCUUGGCGCCAGGGGCGGCGCAGCUCGGCCCAGAGGUGCGUGCAGCCCAGACCGCCUUCGGCCAGGCGCGCGCCGCGGUGGGGGGGGACGCUCCCCCAGCGGUCGCGGCGCUGGUCGAGGCUUGCGAGCGGCUCCUCGGGGCUGUCGUGGGGGCAGCGGCUGGAGCGGGCGCGGCGCCUGGGAUGGGCGCGGGACCUGCUGAGCGUGCUGAUGCGGAGCCUGCGCGUGGGGCCUCGCCAGCAGCUGUACGACAGCCUCAUUCCCCAGGCGGCGGGCAGGAGGUGGCCGCGGCGCUGUGUCGGCAGACCCAGGAGUUCGCGGCGGCAUCAGGACAUCCUGGAGGACAGGCCUGGGACGCGGCAGGUGCCGACGACUCCGACUCGGACGAGCCCAUGGCUCCCCCCCCUCGUGCCCUUGCCGCUGGGGGGCAGCUCUUCGUGGCGGCGGACCAGUGCAGUCGGCGCCCGCGGGGGGCGCUGGCCGCGCCCACACUGCGGGUCGCCGCGACGCCCGCGGGGCCAGACCGCGGGGGUAGCCACCAACUGGAGCUGGACAGCGGCACGUCCAGCGACGAGGUGGGUCAGAAGUUGGGGGCACCCUUUGAUUGCCCCGCCAGUGUCUGCGAGGCGGCGUCCGCGGACCCAGCGGGCGCCACAUCCCGUCCAAACCCUUUGUCGGAUCGGCAAGAAUUAUGGCGAGAACGCGAAGCUGGAGAUGGUCCUACGGCGGCUUCAGCUUCACCCAAGUGUUGGAAGUUCUGCACCUGCAACACCACCAGCUGGAGCAGCGUGCAGUGGUUCCUUGAGAAUGAGUGCGACGCCGACGUGGUCAUGCUGCAGGAGGUGGCCAUCGCUCCUGAGCUGCAGCCUGAUCGCGAAGCAGCAGUAGGUCGCCUAGGUUGGAAGGCCAAGGCUGCGCCCUCUCGGGACACGGGAGGAGGCCUCUCAGGGGGCGUGUUGGUGGGCACGUGGCCUCACAUUGGCCUCUGCGAGGCUCCUGUCCCGAAGCGCCCUUGGCCCUCUGAGCGGGUUCUCCUCAUGUGGGUCAACGGCUUGGUUCCUGGAGGCUUUAUUGCUGGGUCGGUUUAUUUGGUCUCUGGCGGGGGCCUCGAUGACCAGAGUUUUCUGAUCCUGAAGCAGCUGGGCGAGGCCUUGAAGGCCAUGGGGCAGCCGUUCAUUCUCGGGGGUGACUGGAACGUGGUCUCAGGCAAGCCGUGUGCCCUGGAGUUGCCCUCCCUCAAGCUGCCCAAGCAGUUCCCGCUAGAGCUCCCCUUCGGUCCUCGCCCGUUAGGUAAGUCAUGGGAGGCUGUGCGCACCAUCGUCGAUGAUGUGAAUAGCGAAUUCGACCUGCCGUCUGCCUACCUCUCGUUCUGUGACGCCGCAGAGGACGAGCUUUCUCUCCUGCACGGGCUGGAGACGAGUGAAGCUAGGAAACGGCAGUGCGAGUCUAGGGACGCCUUGGGUCUUAGGCGUAAGCUGCUGGAUUGGUCGGGGCGACUCAAGCAGGACCCAGUCUGGAACAGCUUCAGAACGGAUCUUGGGACCCUGGAUAUACACCCCGAUCUUAAUCUGGAGUCAUUCAUCGUCAGGGCCCAGAGCGAGGCCCACAGGAUCGAAAGCAUCUUCGCGAAGUCCAGGGCCAAGAACUGUGUAAGUGAGCUGGACCGUCUCGCGGUUAUUCAGCAGCACAUACAGGCGCUCGACCUCGACCCGACCCCACAGCCUAUCGAGUUGCCGCUCAUGAGGAGGACACUCGGCAAGUUUAAGAAGUGGACGGCAGUGGGAGCAGACGGUUGGCACCCGCACGUCCUGAACCAGUUGUCCGACGACGGGCUUCUGGCGUUUUCCACCCUCUUGUGGCAGAUGGAGAGGCUGGUCGCCUUCCCGUUUCAGUUGUGGAAGAUUGUCAUUGGGUUUUUACUGAAACCAGAAGGGGGGAGGCGUCCAAUCGGCAUCUUGACCACGUGCAUGCGCGUUCUCUCGGCCUGCAGGAAGUCUGAGGCUAAGCAGUGGGAGAGGGAGCAUGAGAGGGAUUGGGUCUACGCCACGCAGGGGAAGAGUUGUGAGAGGGCGGUCUGGGUUCAGUCCGCCAUGAACGAGUGGGCCUCUCAUCACAACCAGUCUUCAGCCUCAGGCCUGGUUGAUCUUCAGAAGGCGUAUGAGCAUGUCGGACACGUUCGCCUUUUGGAUUUCGCGGUGCAGCACAGUUUCAGCCCGCGCAGAGUCGCCCUCCUGGUCACUAUGUACAGCGCCCCUAGGGUUCUGCAGGUGGGGCUUUUCGUUUCGGAGUGGUUUAGAGUUGCUCAAGGUAUCCUCGCAGGGUGUGCAUAUGCUACGAUGCUCCUCCGUUUGUACCUCACCAGUACUCUUGACUCGGUCAUCCCUCUCGCCGUCAACAUCUCUGCCUACCUAGUGGUGGAUGACUGUACGUUGUCAGUGAUCGGGCCAGCCGAGAUGGUAUUUCGUGGGCUGGUACGAGCGCUCCACGCUUUGUGCAGCAAGCUGGAG